UACAGACGUUUCCAACGGCGAGCCAGCAGCGUCAAUGGUCGAUACGAGUAAAGAAACGCUACAAGACACAGAAAGCAUUCCGGGUGACUCCAUCAAGGUGGCCAAAACGGUCGAAAUCACGACUCCGGCGUCGACAGCCAACACUCCGACGGAAGUACGAGCACGAGCAUCGAAUCAACCGAUAGUAAAUUAUCAACUAGAGCGGCGAGCGUCGGAAACGGAAAAAUCGCAGUUCAAAUGCGAAUUUUGUGACAAGUCGUUUAGGUCACGUGACGGUCUGCGCAGACACCGGGGCGUAUUCCACGGCAAGGGCAAGUACCAUGAGUGUCCUGAGUGUCACAAACGCUGUGCGACUCCUAGAGAACUUGUGCGACACCAGGAAGGCGUGCAUUCGAAGCUCAAACCGUUUGAAUGCGAUGUCUGCGGUCGGCACUUCAGCGAGUCAUGCACAGUCAAAUUUCACAAGAUCACCGUACACGACCGUAGGGAACGCCCACGCAAUCAGAUCUGCGACAAAUGUGGGAAGUCGUUCUUUCAGAGAAAUCAUCUCAACGAUCACAUCGCGUCCGUUCACGGGACCGACCGGCCACAUCCUUGCUCAUUCUGCAACAAACGAUUUAAGACCCGACGGGACGCUCGAUCGCAUCAGAACCUGGUGCACAAACGACAGAAGAAGCACAAGUGUGUGUACUGUAAGAAGCUCUUUAAGACGCCGUACGAGGCUCGUCGACAUGCCUACCAAGUACAUGAACGUGAGCGUAAACGACGGUGCCAAGUGUGUAAGAGACUGUUCAACAAGGAACUGCUGCUGAAGAAACAUAUGGCUAUUGUUCACGGAGUCGGACGGUGUUACCGAUGUGAUGACUGCGGGAUUAGGUUUUUGACUGAGAGAGCGCACAAGCAUCAUCGACUUGUAGUUCACGAACGAGACAAGCCGUUUCCCUGUCUGUUGUGUGGGAAACGAUUUGCUCACAUAUGGAAUGUCAGAGUACACCGGACAACUGUGCAUGAGACGAUGAAGCCGUUUCGAUGCGGUGAAUGUAAUGAGAGGUUUGCUAUGAAGACGGUUCUUGUGGAGCACGUACGUCGUGUGCAUCUGAAAGAGAGGUUAGGGUGUGACAGUGAGGUAUCUGCUUUGGUCGAUUUGCUGAAGAACUACAAGAGUGAGCUGCAGAACGCAUCGGGUUGUAGAGAAGUCAAACCAAGACCAUUUGAAUGCUCUAUAUGCUUCUUAACUUUCACCGGUCGGGCACAACUUUCACUGCACCGAAUAACCGCUCACGACCGAAACAGACAGACCACUUCGGGCAAGAAACGAUAUGAAUGUACAAAAUGCAGAUGUAAAUUCACACGAAGUGAUGCCGUCAGAAGGCACAUAGACUCUGUACAUCCAGGCAUGAAAUUGGUGAUAUCAAAACUUCCAGUGUCACAGAACAAUUCAAGAAAACAGUCAGCUGGAAGACUCAGACAGAGAAAGAAUGCAAAGAGAAUAGGUACGAUAGAAAAACAGAAGAAAUAUUAUUUGAGAUCUGGACCCACCCGGUCGAAAUCGAAACGAUUGGUUGUACAAACUGUACACACUCGCACAAUUCGUCUUCGGACACACGGCCAACGAAAACGACGAGUCGAAGACAUUGCAACACGUUUGGCAGAGAAAGCAUCCUUGUGAUGUGAGGAAAAGCAUUAUGUGUAAGCAUCAUUGCAGUACGCAUGUGCUAAUUACUGUUAACAGUUGGCAGCCAUUGGUUGCAAUUUGUAAUAAGUGAAACAGCAGCUCGAUAUACGUGUACAGAUAACUUGUUGUACUUUGGCGAUUAGAGGAUGAGACAUUGUAUAGUGGAUAUGGUCACACACACACACACGCACGCACACACACACACACACACACACACACACACACACAUACGCACACACGCAUAUCCUCUUGGAUCUACCCAUGUUGCUUUGUAGAGUUCUGAGUAUACCCAGAAUCAAUGAUAUU